AUGCUGUUGGUUAACGUCGACGCUGAUAUCUACGACAUCUACGGCAGUGUUGUCACGGAAGGCGAAAAGUCGGCGGCUCAGCAACGGCGCGCCGCAACAUUGCCAACAACUACAACUACAAGCGCUGUUGUUCUUUACGAACCCGUCAGUUUAGUUAAGCAAUUCCACGAAAAAACUCAGAAUUUGAAAUUUGCGGGACGCGAUAUCGUAUUGUCACAAGAUUGGAACAAUUAUGGCGUAGCUGCAGUUGUUUGGGAAGCAGCCAUUGUUCUGAGUGAAUACCUACAAAACCUGCAGGAGUUGGUCAGAAACAAGAACGUGAUAGAACUGGGAGCCGGAACUGGACUUGUUGGUAUCGUUGCUGCCUUGCUUGGAGGAAAAGUCACCAUCACAGACAGAGAACUAGUCCUGCCAUCGCUCCGGCACAACGUCGACUCGAACUUGGAGCAGACGGAGUAUCUGCAGAACGUCUCCGUCAGGGGAUUAGAUUGGGGGAAGGACCUCGAACAGUUCGCGAAGUACGACGUUGUCCUGGGAGCGGAUAUCGUCUACAUCGAAGAUUCGUUUGACGCGCUGCUGGCGACGAUAAACCGUCUCACGUCCGACGAUUCCGUCGUCCUUCUCGCUUGCAAAAUUCGCUACGACAGAGACGUCAGGUUCCUGAACAUGCUUCGCGUUGACUACAUCGUGCACGAAGUGUUACACGACCCAGCGAAAAACAUCAAGAUAUUCGAAGCUGUGAGAAAACAAUAAUUCCGCCGUAACCGAUCCACGCAU